AUGCCUAUCUUACUUUACGCCCACCUCUGUUUGGUCUUCUUGGCACUCGCUGUCACCGCCGGGCCUCAGGAUGCCUACACCAUCUUUACGACAGUUUUAGUGACAGCGACAAAAACGAUUAGAGACUCUGACGCGACGGCUGCCCCUUCAGCCCAUGCAGCUGCUCCGUACCAGCUCCUACGCCCUCACCUUGACACACCAUGGACUGACAAGGUUGGCACAAGCCCCUGGCCGCAGUAUCCACGUCCUCAACUCCGUCGCGAGCCAUGGCGGUCGCUGAACGGAAUAUGGACCUACCAGUCAGCUCAAGGAGCUGGGGAUGUCAAGAGUCCGCCUCGAUUGCCCCUUCGCCAAGAGGUUUUGAUCCCCUCUUGCAUCGAAAGUGGCAUCUCCGGGAUCAUGACCGAGGGCAUGACGCACAUGUGGUUUGGCACGACCUUUACGAUCCCUCUCGAGUGGAGAGGUGGGAAACGUGUUUUGUUGAAUUUCGAAGCAGUGGACUACGAAGCAACGGUGUUUAUCAAUGGCGUCCAGCUCGCGUUUCAUCGUGGUGGAUAUUUUCGGUUCAGCUUGGAUGUCACUGAGAAGAUCAACUUUGACGGACCAAACGAGCUGCAAGUGUUUGUCUUCGAUCCAACAGACGAUCAAAGCAUCCCACAAGGGAAGCAGACCAAACGUCUCUCGCACAUUUUCUACACGCCCUGCAGCGGUAUUUGGCAGACAGUAUGGCUUGAGAGCGCUUCCAACAAUCAUAUCAAGUCAUUGGAUCUGACGGCCAACAUGAACGGCGACGUAACUUUCACCGUACAUAGUUCCCAGAACCAAUCCACCCCGAUUAGCAUUGAGGUAUCCACGAAAUCAGGGGAAGUGGUAGGGCGAUUCGAUGCAGAGUCAGACCGGCAGUUUGUGUUCAAUGUCCCUGGCCCACAACUCUGGUUCCCUGAAACACCUACUCUCUACAAUGUCACGGUCAAAAUGGGUGAUGACUUGAUUGAGAGUUACACGGGAUUCCGGACCAUCUCCACAGGAGUCGUCAAUGGAAUCAAAAGGCCUCUUCUGAAUGGGAAAUUCGUUUACCUUUUCGGGCCUCUUGAUCAGGGAUAUUGGCCAGAUGGCCUUCAUCUGCCACCGACUCUCGAAGCAAUGGUGUACGAUCUGGAGCUUGUCAAAAGUCUUGGCAUGAACUUGGUUCGCAAACAUAUCAAAAUUGAGCCGGACCUCUUUUACGAGGCAUGUGAUCGGCUCGGUCUGCUGGUCAUGCAAGACAUGCCUUCCAUGAGGGUCCACACCAAUGCUCGACCAACUGAUGCCGAACAAGCCGAGUUUGAACGUCAGCUCGAAAUCAUGAUCAAGGAACACAGAAAUUACCCAAGCAUUGUCACCUGGGUCAUCUACAACGAAGGCUGGGGCCAAAUUACGGAUCGCUAUCCAGAGUUUCAUAUCACGGACCGCAUUCGACAGCUUGAUCCAACACGGCUGAUUAAUUCCGUAACAGGGUGGCAUGAUCACGGAGCUGGGGAUUAUCAUGAUAAUCACCAUUAUGCCGAUCCCCAGUGCGGUACACCAUUCUACUCGCUGCCAAACACACCAUAUGACUCCAGCCGGAUUGGAUUCCAAGGAGAGUAUGGAGGACUCGGCCACCGACCGUUGGAUGAACAUCUCUGGCCGGUGCAAGCGGCCGUUAGGACGAUCAAUGAAACGUAUGAGAUGCAUGCCGAUGAGGCAUCUUACAACUACCGUGCACAUGUGUUGUUCGACUUGCUACGACAGCAGGUUGAGCACUUUGCAUGCAGUGGUGCUGUGUACACUCAAACGUCGGACGUGGAAGGGGAGGUCAAUGGGCUUGUGACCUACGACCGUCGCGUGGUGCGUGUGGAUGUAACGCAAUGGAAAGCCGACAUACAGGCGCUGUACGACGCUGCGGCAGCUCGGGCUUGA